AUGAAUCCAGGUUGGGGUCCACCACCAGGGCCUUCCGGUGGUAUCUGCGGCUGUAUAUGUAACAUUCUAUCUUCUUGGUAUCUUAUUUUGAUGGCAGUUUGUAUUGUCUGUGUUGCUGCUGUCUGUUGGAGAGUUGUUGUGGCCCAAUAUUUGGUGGACCUCCUCCUGGGCCUUGGGGCCCAGGCCCUGGUUUCUGAUGGAGAGUCUGUGUUAUGGUUGUUCUUUGGGCUUGUGUCUGGGAUCUGUUCUGUUGUUUCCGGCAGAAUUCCAUUUUGUUUGAUUCUUCCGUGA